UGUCAGUUGUCAAUAGUGUCACCGUUACACAGCGAAAUAUUUUCGGUUGUAAUAGUAUUCGAAGUUUUUAAUAAAACAAAGUUUUGUUAUUAAAAAUGGUAGUUGUUGAAGAUGUAGAGAUGAAAAACGCGGACAGCCCUUCGGGACUAGAAGCAGGUGACAACAAAAAAGAUACAGAUUUACAAAGUAUCUUGGAAAUACGUGAACAUGGUAGACAAAUUGAAAAGUCUGUAACCAGUAAAGAAAAUCGCUUUAUAUUAAGAGUAUUACGUUGCUUACCAAAUACUCGAAGAAAACUUAAUGGUUUAGUUUUAAGAAGUCUUAUAAAUCAAAUUUAUCCUGUUGCUGAACGUGAAGUGCUUAUUGGUUUCACUGAAGAACCAUCCGGAGAGCUAGACGCCACACAAUCUAGAGCCCGAUCUGCCGUUAAAUCUCCUGUUCCGGAAGUGGACGCAUAUAUUAACUUGCUAAUUUUGGUUCGUUUAAUUGAUACAAAUAAACUUGCUGAAGCAGAGAGAUGUUCUCAAGCACUAAUGAAUAAAAUAACCAGUCAGAACCGACGUACUAUUGACCAUAUAGCUGCGAAAUGUUACUUUUAUCAUUCAAGAGUUGCCGAGCUUACUAACAAAUUGGAUUCAAUCAGAGGAUUUUUACAUUCUCGUCUCCGUACUGCUACAUUAAGGAAUGACUUUGAAGGACAAGCUGUUCUUAUUAAUUGCUUAUUAAGAAAUUAUCUACACUACUCUUUGUAUGAUCAAGCUGAUAAACUUGUAAGCAAGUGUGUUUUUCCUGAAACAGCUAGUAAUAAUGAGUGGGCAAGAUUCUUAUAUUACCUUGGUCGUAUUAAGGCUGCUAGAUUAGAAUACAGUGUAGCCCAUAAACAUCUCGUGCAGGCAAUGAGAAAAGCCCCUCAGAAUGCUGCUAUAGGUUUCAGACAAACAGUACAAAAACUGACUGUUGUUGUAGAACUACUUUUAGGAGAUAUACCAGAAAGGCAGAUAUUUAGACAAGCUACAAUGAGGUACUCACUUGCACCUUACUUUCAGUUAACCCAAGCAGUUAGGAUGGGGAAUCUUCAACGUUUUGGGGAAGUUCUAGAGAAUUUUGGAGAUAAAUUCAGACAAGAUCAUACAUUCACUUUAAUUCUACGCUUACGUCAUAAUGUGAUUAAAACUGCAAUAAGAUCUAUUGGGCUUUCAUAUUCCAGAAUUUCUCCACAAGAUAUUGCUAAAAAACUUGGAUUAGAUUCUGCGGAAGAUGCUGAAUUUAUUGUAGCUAAAGCAAUUCGUGAUGGUGUAAUUGAAGCUACAUUAGAUCCACAAGGUGGUUUUAUGAGAAGCAAAGAAAGUACAGAUAUUUAUUGUACAAAAGAACCACAAUUAGCUUUUCAUCAAAGAAUAUCAUUUUGCUUAGAUUUACACAAUCAAAGUGUCAAAGCAAUGAGAUAUCCUCCUAAAGCUUAUGGUAAAGAACUGGAGUCUGCUGAAGAAAGAAGGGAAAGAGAACAGCAAGAUUUGGAGCUGGCCAAAGAAAUGGCCGAGGAAGAUGAUGAUGGAUUUCCAUAAAUUUUUUUUGUAUUUAAUAUAUUUUAUUGAAUGUUUGCUUUUUUGUAUGAAUAGAUUCUUUCUUAAAACAUA